AUGACUAGAAACCAAAACCAUGAUGAUGCAUCUAGCGUGAAGAGGAUCAAGAGUUGUGACCCUUGGUCAGAUCCUAACCAUGAUGUGCUUUUCUUAGUUAUGAUGCAACUUGGAGUAUUUGAUUUUCUUGCAUUCAGCAGAGUUUUUGUCAGGGUUAUCCUCGUUCAUUCACCUCCAAUAUCUGGGUGGGUGUUUCUUGUAUUAAAUAAAAAAACGAAUGAAAUAUGGUUUUCUAUAGCGAGUAAACGAGUAUGGACUCUUGUCUCUGCAUCUUUCCUCAUCCAUGAUUUAUAUGCUUUCAAAGGGAAGAUAUAUGUCCUAAACUCCGCUUAUGGUUUAUAUGAAAUGCUACUCUAUCCAAACCCCAAUUUGACUUUACUCAAAACCAAGGACUUUCCAGAGUUAGACGACUCCUCACUUCUAGAGUUUGCAAAUUCCCCUGAAAACCUUUAUGUGAUUAAUCGAAAUUCACAACACCCAUACAAGAUUCAUGAACUAGAUUUUGGCAAAAUGAAAUGGGCGUCACUUGAAAAGAGAACAGAAGAAUAUGCAUUAUUUCUUGGCAACUGGAAACAUCAUGCUGUUGCAAUACCAGAGUCGUGGGUUGGCAUUAGCUCGCAAUACAGGAGAUUGAAAUAUGUCCGCACUAAUAAAGGUGGAAAAAGUAAGCUCUAUUAUGCAAGCAUGUGGUAUUUCUUCCAUGAUUUUUUGGAUGCUAAUCUAAUACAUGAAUGA